UUUGCAUCUAAAAAACGAACUACAAAAAGAAGAAUAAGAAAAAAUAUUCAAACCGCCAAAGUAUAAUUUAAUAUUAUUUAUUCUUAAAACAUAAUUACUGCUAUAUUAUAUUGAUUUACUGUAGGAACAAACCAAAGAACAACAUAUUAGUGAAAAUCCUACCGAAUAUUAUCAAAACGAAUUUUAUGAAUUUUAUUCUAAUAUGAUAAAUUUUCCCAGGCAAGGAUUGCAAAAUCCUCUUACAUUAUCAUCUUUUACUCUUCAAUCUUUACUUCUCGGUCUAUUACUCCUUAUUCUUACGCACACUCUACAGACUCUUUUACUAGUAUUCAUCUUUCACCUUCUAAUUACGAAUAUACUUCUUUAUUCAUUAGCUGUAAAUUCACACUUUUCGUAAAGAAUUCGUUA